UAUUCCUGCCGCACCACGCCCGCGGCGCCCAACCAUUUAAAAGCCGGUCGAGCUCGACCCCGGCUAGUGCACUCGUUUCCCUUUUCGCAGCUCCGUCGGCAGCGCGGGCAGGGUCGAACCGAACGGAGCCGAACACCGCAGCUCUCUGAUAGCGAGCUCCGCUUUCCCUCACCACCACCCCCGCCUCCUUCCUGGAAGGGCGAGCGGCCGAGGCGGCGGGAAGGAGGAGCGGCCGCGGGGAAGCUCUUCCUGCCGGGCAGCGGCGGUCUCGCCCACCCCGCAGGAGCUGGGCUCCCGCUCUGGGGGCGGAGAGCGGCGGGGAGAUGUGUGCGUGUGCGGGGCGGGGGAGGGAUUAGUGGGCAUUAGCGCUUCCACGGGGGUGGGGUGGUCGCGUCGGGGGUGUCGGCGGCCGCCAGGGACACUCCGGGACCGCGUAGGCUGCGGGCGGCGGCGAGGGAAGGGAAGCAGCGGGACGAGGGGCGGCUUGGCUGGGUAGCGCUGCUGCUGCUGCCGCGGUGGAUGUUUCCAUGUUGUUCGGUGCAUGAUUUAGAGGAGAGGAGGAGUUGGCAGCGGCGGGUGUCAGCGGCAGGGAGCGGGGAUCCGCGCCGCCAGCGGCCCUGCCUUUCUUCUUGCCCCUCUGUCAUAUCGAGGCUGCUCUGCCUGCGUGCUUGCCCUGCGGCGGCCCCCGGGCCCUCGGAGAGCGCCUGUGCCCCCCGGGGCCGGAGCGGCGGCGGGGUGCGUGUGUGCGUGCGGGUUUAGGGGGGGUGGGGGCUGUGUCUGAACCAGUUAGGAAGAAUGACUCUGGAGUCCAUCAUGGCGUGCUGCCUGAGCGAGGAAGCCAAGGAAGCCCGGCGGAUCAACGACGAGAUCGAGCGGCAGCUGCGUCGGGACAAGCGGGACGCCCGCCGCGAGCUGAAGCUGCUGCUGCUGGGCACAGGAGAGAGUGGCAAAAGCACAUUUAUCAAGCAGAUGAGAAUCAUUCAUGGAUCAGGUUACUCUGAUGAAGACAAAAGGGGCUUUACAAAACUGGUGUACCAGAAUAUAUUUACAGCAAUGCAGGCCAUGAUCAAGGCCAUGGAUACCCUCAAAAUCCCAUACAAGUGUGAAAAUAACAAGGUUCAUGCACUAUUAGUUCGAGAAGUUGAUGUAGAGAAGGUGUCAAGUUUUGAGAACCCAUAUGUAGAUGCAAUAAGAAGCUUAUGGAAUGACCCUGGAAUUCAGGAGUGUUACGAUAGACGACGGGAAUAUCAAUUAUCAGAUUCAACUAAAUACUAUCUUAAUGAUUUGGACCGCAUAGCAGAUUCCACCUAUCUGCCAACCCAGCAGGAUGUGCUCAGAGUUCGAGUCCCAACAACAGGGAUCAUUGAAUAUCCAUUCGACUUACAAAGCGUCAUUUUCAGAAUGGUGGAUGUAGGAGGCCAACGAUCAGAAAGAAGAAAAUGGAUACAUUGCUUUGAAAAUGUCACAUCUAUCAUGUUCCUAGUAGCUCUUAGUGAAUAUGAUCAAGUGCUUGUGGAGUCAGAUAAUGAGAAUCGAAUGGAAGAAAGCAAAGCACUCUUUAGGACAAUUAUCACAUAUCCAUGGUUCCAGAACUCUUCAGUUAUUCUGUUCUUAAAUAAAAAAGAUCUACUAGAGGAGAAAAUUAUGUACUCCCAUCUAGUUGAUUAUUUUCCAGAGUAUGACGGACCACAGCGGGAUGCACAGGCAGCACGAGAGUUCAUCCUGAAGAUGUUCGUAGACCUGAAUCCAGACAGUGACAAAAUUAUCUACUCUCACUUCACAUGUGCUACAGACACAGAGAACAUCCGCUUCGUCUUUGCUGCUGUCAAGGACACAAUCCUACAGUUAAACCUGAAAGAGUACAACCUGGUCUAACUGUACCUGGGGCAUCCUUCAAAACCAAUUUUCCGUGAUUGAAGAUACACAAGAGGGGACUGUAUUAUAAUCUGUGAAAACAAUUUGCAUAAUACUAAUUUAUUGCCGGCCUGGACUCUGUGAAUGUCCACAGAGUUUGUAGUUAAUAUUAUGAUUUUAUUUAAAGUAUAUGGAGGAAAAACAAAAGAUGCUGAAGUACAUUCACAGCACAUUUCCUCAUUUUUUAGGUAAAACCAUGUGACUCAAUGUGUUUCAAAUUCUCAGUCGUACAUUUACAAAGGAUAGCAGUUUUUUGCUAUUGAAGCAAAAUCAAGCUGAUUUCCUCUUUGCCUAACCCUUUCUCUUCCCCUUCUUUCCUACUCCACUUACCUUUUAAAAGGUACAAUGGCCUUUUUUUUCCCCCCCAGUUGCAUUCCUGGGUGAAAUAUUUUCUGUUGAAUGAUUUGGUCGGGAAAACACUAUCAUCACUGUUUAAGUCAUCAGUAUGACUUAAAUUUUACAGUAUGUACUUUGAAGGAUCAAAAAGUAUUGAUACUGUGAUUUUUAAAUUCUUUACAUGGGUGUCUUCAUUCUGUCUUCACUUCUGAGACUAGAAUAUUUGGAUUGCAAAACAGAAUUACAGUUGUCUAAGGAUAAUAAAUGUAACCAUAGUUUUACAGUUAAGAAAGGUGCACAGAAGACAGUAAUGAAGUAAUUAGACACAAUCUGGGAUGUACAUGGAAUAUGUUAGAACGUCUUUUUAAUUGCCAUGUGCCAUUUUUUUCUCUCUUCUUUUAUUCACAAAUGCCAAAUAGAAAAGUCGUAGACACUACAUUUUCCUCAGUGGCUGCAGCCUGAAACAAUGUUUUUCUCAGUUGUGUGGGGUGUUUUCUCUUAUGUUAGAGCUUUUUUAAGUGUUUUCUUUCCACAGUAGAAAAAUUAUUUUUAUUGUACAAAAUUCAUGUUGCCAAAUCUGGCUUUUUAUAAAAGCAAUGCGCUUGAAAUAUAAGAUACUGAUUGAAAUGCCAAAUGGAUGGGUUGGGAACUGACCUGAUUGAAUCAACUGCCAAAUGAUUAACACACACAGUUUCAGCUCAUGUGUUCCCUUUUUUAGAAAGUGUACCAUUUUCUAAUGCCAAAACCAACAUGUAAGUGAAUAUUCUAUAAGGUGUACCAUGCACCCGCAUGUAGUCUAGUAAUUUAAAGACAAUUUAGAUCUCUCAUUUUGUAAGUUAUGACAUGAGAUUGUUUUCUGUAAUAAUGUCAAGGCACCUUCAGUUGUAUUACAAGAAGUUAUUGAUGAGAGAUCACAUUCAGGAACUUUUUCUGAUAAGGUUGAUUGUUAAUUGAUUCACAGGCAUUUGAUAGGCUUUCAUGCAAAAUAGCCUUUCUCAAUGUUCUUUAGAAGAGAUUUAUAAAUGUAAAUGAAGCAGUGACAAAAUCAUUCUUGAAAUUUAAAUGUGCAAUUUUUAACAAACAAAAGUGCAGCACAUAUUGAUGAGCCUUUAUUCCGCAGCUUAGGUUGAAGGUUUUUUGACCAGGUGCGUGAUUUCUAGCAAGAAAGCUCUGCACAGACUUCAGACCUGUAAUUGGAUUGAUUAUCUAUGAUGCCAGCUGGCACUGGAGUGCACUUAACACAAAAAUGGCUGCCACCUAGCAGCAGAUGGGAGGUGGAAAAAAGAAUGGUUUAUUAGUUGAUUUCCAAAGUUAACAAUGAGAUAUUUUUCAUCCUUAACCCUCCCAAAUUCAAAAGAACGAUAAUAAGAACAGUUACUAUUUUUGCUCCCUCUUAAAACACCUUGUAAUUUAAAACUGGUUGUAGGUAUAGUGCAAUUAUGAAUGCUAUAAUCAUUGUACAUACAUAUAUAUAUAUAUAUAUAUAUGGCAGCAUCCAUAUUGGCUUUGUAAUCAUUAAUUUUUUUGGCAAAUUGAAUGUGCUGUAUUGAUAUGUAUCUAUGUAAUUGUAUUGUAUGUCUUAUAGCUAAUUCACAUUUUAAAUAAUGUUAUUUUAUUUACUUUUUUUAAGAGAGAAGAAUGUAAAUUUUGUCAGUUUAUUUCUGACUAGGGAUUCGUUGUUGUUUUUAUUUACAAAACAAAAUACUAUAGUACAGAGCGGUACUAGAAUCGUGCUGUAUAAAAUCAUUUGCACAUUCCUGAAUAGAAGUAAAUUGGAGACACCGAGACAGAGAUGAUUCACAUUCAAAACAAUGCUCAAAUCUUAUCAGGGCUUUAUACAGCUGUAGCAAACAAUCCUAUUACAAGAACUUAUGCUAUUAUAUCUCAUAUUGGAACAUAAACUUUAAAUAGAAAUUUCAGGUUUUAUUUGACUGAAUCGCAUUAGGUUAUUUUCACUUUUCUGAUAGUUGUAUUGGAAAAGUAAAUUCAGAGAUAUUUCAAACCAUUGUACCAUAAGUACUAAUGCAUAUAUGCUGUUGCCCUACAAAUACCAUGACAAAAUUCAAAACAUCAGAUCAGUCUUUCAGAAACUGUGGAAACCUUAGGUAUAAAAACAACAACCAAAAAGUCACUAUUGUUAACGAUUUUAGGGAGUUAAAGUGUUUUAUUUAAUGAAGCUAAAGCAAGUAGAUGUAGAUUAUAAAAAGUGACACUGACAUUCUGAAUAGGGGAUCAGAACAGUGAUUCUUUCUUACAUACAGCUUAACAAAAUUGGUCCUGAUCAUGCUAUAAAUGCAACAGAGCUUCUGUUUUCACAGUUCCACUGUUGAUAAUAUCCCUUUUUUUAACCUGGGAAUACAUUGCCCACACUGGGUUCAGUGCUAUAAAUAGAACUGCAGCCAAAAAAGGAAGGGGCAAAAAAAAAAAAGAGGGGAAAAGAAAAAAAAACCAAAAGAAAAAAAAUACAAACACAACCAAACAAAAAGCUUAGACAGUGGUGUCUAACAAAAGUUUGGGGUUUUUAAAUUUGCUUGGUUUUUUUUCUUACGGGGAUAUUGGGUGGGGGAGAAGGAAAUGUGGUUCCAAGUUUUGUAUAAAAACGAAACAAAAGUUUACUCAUGCUUUAUAGUUAUAUUGUGAUUGCAGAAGUUUUCAAGCGUGUGUGCCACUGGGCUAUUUCCUGGUAUUUUUUUUAGGUAAGUUGAACCUGUGGCAAUGUUUAGAUCAUUUGAGCAUGUUCUGGGAAAAAAAAAAAUAUUCGGCAUGCCAAGGCAAGCUUUACAUGAAUCACCUAACACAGCAUUGCAGUAUGACAGUUUACAAAACAUUUUCUUUUAAAAUAACACAGCUGUUCCCACUUGUAGUAUAUUCCAUUGUGGUGGUGGUGGUGGUGGUGUUGCUGUUGUUUUAAUUGGUGGUUUCUACUAUGCCUUAUAGUGCUUAAGUCCAGAAGUUUGUGCCUCUAACAUGAAGCUGAAGGCAAAAACAUCAAGACAGAAACCCUUUUAACUUUGCCAAAAUGAUGUGUUUUCUUUGAAUGUUAUAAAUGGGGGAGGAGGGAAGGAAAAUGUCUUGGGAACCUGUGUAUUCUAAAUGUUCACUAGCACAAGAAAGCUGUAAUAUGUGUUUUACAGAAACCUGGAACUUGCCUUUUUCACAAAUUAACUGUCACUGUCCUUACAGAUGUAGGAUGAUGCAGCUAUAAGGGCAGUUUACUUUUUAUAAUUCAGUCUCUUUUGAUUGUCAAGGUGUAUGGACUGUACUUUUUAAUCAUACUGCCACAUGAUUGUGAAUCACUUUUUAAAGUUUGAAAAUGGAGAAGAGACUUUUAAUGCUGGAUAACAGUCAGAAUUGACUGCAUGAUUUGCAAAAACUCUAUAUGGGGGAAAAGGGCUGCAUAUAGAUUUUGCUAGACUCCCAGCCUUGAGUUGUAAGGUGCAGAAGACUUUCAGAUUACUCAACCUCAUGACCCUUUCCUUGUUAAACAGUCUUCACAAAAGAAUGAAAUAUUAGGAGAAAACAAGUACAUGUUAACCCACAUGAAAAAAAUAAAAUUUAGACAUUUAAUUUAUUACAUGUGCUGCUAUUCUUGGAGAUCUGUGCAUAGUUAUCCUGCAGACUAUUACAUUAGUGAACUAAUGAAGUGUUCACAGCAUAUUAGCAAGGCCUACACAUGACCUACCUCUAGUUAAGAGAUUAGUAAAGUAGCUAUGUUUUGGAGAGAUUGACAUAAGUAAUUUAGAAAAUUUAAAUGUCCUGGUAUUUAAUUAACCAUGGUAUUUUAGAAAUUGAUGCUUUUACAAAUGCGGUCCCUCUUUUGACAUAAACCAUAAGUUCUAGCAUUUAAUAGACAUUAAACAACUAAAGCCUUACCAGUUUGUUAGUUUAGUAGAAGUCUUGCAAAACAAUAGCUUUAGUUUGAGAAGUGGAGCUACUGAUAUUUCCUUUGUUUUGCCUUCUGGUUAUCUGUAGCAUUUUGAGUUCUGUCAGUCAAACAAGAAAUUUUUCUAUCUAGUCAAUACAUUGGGGUCACAAUUUAGAUGAUAAAAGAACUUUACUGUAGGUUUAUCUUGAGCUUUUUCACAGUAGUCAUACUGCAGGUAAGAAAGGAAGAGAGAUUUUGAAAACAGUGUCAAAAGAUAUAUUAAGUUUUAUGUAAAUUAUUUGAAGGUUUUUUUUCUCUCAGAAUACAGUUUAAACUGGUUUCCUCGUUUACCAUGCUGCAGGAAAUCCUUAUUUGACCAGUUCUUAAUAAUUUUUUUCUUUUAAGGAAGGGAUGUCAGAUGCAUUUUUAAACUUAAGAGUAUUUAAAAUAAUAUUUGCUGUUCUUAAAGUGUCACAUAAAUGCAUGUAUUGUGUGUUGCUUGAGGGAUGGAAAUAGGUUUUUUUGAAAAACUAAUAUUGUACAGUUUCUGCCCCUCAAAAAUGUUGAUGGUUAAAAAGACAGUAUUUUUUGCCAUAUCUUCAUACUAUAGCAUCUUCAUUCCUUGAAAUUUAGUUUUUCUGGAAUAUUUGGACUUAUUGUUCUCCCAAAAUGAUUCUUAUUUGGUAAAUGCUGGAGACAUGUAUUACUCCAAAAUUACUUUUUAAUUAUACAUGCUCCAUCAUCAGUGUCUAAAUACUAAAUUUCCAGAGUAUCUUUGUUACAGCCAGAUGUUCAAAACAUUUAGUGUUUGUUACAACGGAGAAGGUAAUUCGACAGUAUUAUAAAAGUUUUGGAGUGUUUUUUGGCUUGUGUACAAUGGAAACUCAGAAGCAUGGGAGAAAAGAAAUAAAACCUAUGUCUUAAGAAAAGAAAGCUCAUGCUUUGCAGACAGGAAAUUUUUUUAAGGCAUUUUGGAUGAUUGCAGUACUACUGCAAGAGUAGUGUGUUUCUUAGAUCUUUUUGUUCAAAUAUGUCAUGACAGCUGUAACAGAAAGAGGCCCAUGUGCUACUUUUCAGGAGUUUGACUCAUACCUGGUCAACAAUCAGUGGAUCUGAGAUCAUCAUUACUGAAGAAAUAGUAUUUCAGGCAAGUUGCAAAAAUUAGUUGGUUCUCUGUUAAGUGAACAAAACAGUUGAGGUAAGAAUCCUUACCUCCAACAGAGUGCAAACUGUUUGCCUAAGCAAAGACAAGAGUGAAUGGUUCCUCGUUUUUCUUUCCAGUUGCAGAAUGUAUGGCAGAAGGAUCAGUCACUAGGAAAGAAUUUAUUUUAUGUCUGUGUCUCAGUGAAGAUAACGUCAACAUACUACAGUGUCAUUGUGGCCCUUAGAUAUGUGAAAUAGAUGUAGAAGCUGUAUCUGUGUGAUAAGUUGUGCAUACUUGCGAUUAAAGUCUUACAUCAGAUGCUGUGAUCAUUCACCCAAUUACCAGGCACUUUGUAGGAUACUGUUCCAAACAUCUAGGAGUUACAGAAUAUUUUAAAAAUGCCACAAAUGCACAACUGUCAGAUCCUCAGGAGCACAUCUGGUAUCAGUAUCUGAUACGAAGGCACCAGACCCCCUCUCACAGCUCAUUACUUUUAAAAGGAGCUACCCUCCAAUACCUCUGAUCCUGGUUUUCUUCUGCUCAGAGCUUUCUCUCACCCUUAUGUCAGCCCUGCUGCUUUGUCAAUGAACUGGGUGGAAAAACAACCACCUUAUUUUUGAUCUUCUUGCUUGGCUGCUGUAUUAGUCUAAUUUUCAGGGGUGUCAGCCAGUUUGGCUGACCAAGAAGUUCCAAGAAGUGCUAAGUUGACCAAGUGGAAGGGGUAGAAUUGUGUGGCCCAAAGGCUUAGAAAUGAGGAAAAAAAGGAGUAACACAUUCCUCCCUGAAAACCUCAUCCUAGUGCUGUAGUUUCUAAACCCUUCAUUUUAUGCACUAUUAGCUAUUCUGGCUUGGAAGUGUUGCACUUUUCAUUUUUAAAGGCCUUGAUUGCAUCCUUAUUCUUAAAAAAAAGAAAAAAAAGGAAACUGCCAAACAUGGAAAACUCUUUCUUGUUCCCCUUUAAGAAUCACAAAUUUCUGUGUACAUAGACUAAAUGAAACUAGUCAGACUGCUGACUGAUGCCAAGAAAUCAAACUUAGUGUUAAGGAUAGAAAAAUACAAAAAUUGGACUUUUAUUCAUACCGCCAAAAAAACCCUCAAAACGGCUAAACAAAACAAAACAAAAAAAAACCCAAACAAACCAAAACUUGUUCUUUUCCAGUAAGCUCAAAAAAGAUGUUUUCUAUCUUAUUUAAAAUGCUCUGUUGCUGGGCAUGAUAUUCAAGGUUUACUGUGUCUUGUCCAAGGCACUUCUUUCUCCAUCCACAUUUAUUUAAUAUCACACAUUAAUUGCUUCCUCUUCUACACUCAUUAAUUACCAUCUAAAGAAAAUACAGUAUUGCUUUAUGUAUGCGCACUCUGGAAUACUUUCUGAUCCUUGUGAAUUAAAUGUAAAUUGGUCUGGUAAAAUUCAACAACUGCUGAUGUGGAACACACAGCUGAAGAGGAACACACUUUCUGCCUAAUCUUCUUCCUCCUGCCAUUUUGUUUUGAUUAUUUUUUGAUAUCUUUCCUUUAUCCUGUUUGCCACAAAGAGAGGGUUUCUUGACAUACCAGAUUCAAUUCUGGUAGCCAUUACAGAGUUGAUCAUACUGGCUGAAUUAAAAGACAAAUCGUGAGUAAGAACAGCUUCAGAAGGUUCCUGCAAUCAGGGGAAGAUACAAUUAGCCUUUUGGACAUGUAUUUCAGAAAACUGUAACACCAUAGUUGGAAUACAAUCAUUUGAACAAUGUAGUUGGCAAACAUGGCCCAAAUUUUGCCAUUUUAAUAUGUCAUUUUGCAUUGUCAGUAGAGAGCUGUUUGCUAAGAUGUUGCUGAAAAUUUGCCUUUUUUCCUGCAGUCCUGUAUGAGGUGGUUAAUGCAAUGAUCAGGCUGGCACUCAACUGAAGAGAUGCAUUAAUUCGACAAUAAGUUCAAAUGUAUUCUUGCAGACACUAUGGCAUAAGAUUACUUUAUAUGAUGCUAACAACAACAAAAAAGAUACUUGCAUGCAUGCAGUAAAUAUUUAAGAUAUUGCACUUUUAUACAUUUAUUUUGAAGAGGAAUCACUCUCUCCCUAAAAAUAAAAUUCCAUUUAUCUCACAAUGAAGUAUCUGGAGUCUCUUAACAACUGUCAAUUACGUGUGCACACAAGUGUGAUUAUUGUAUACUAGAGGUUAAAUAAUCUGUUGUCACAUGCUGCAGAAUACUUGGUUUAUUUCAAAUGCUGAUUUUGGAAAAGCCAAGUAAUGUUUUUAUUAGUAUCUUGGUGACUACUUUUCUCAUGUUUUUAGAAGAACAUUCACAGUUGCUAAUAAGACCUGAUUUAUUUUAGCUCAAGAAAUUAACUGAUUUACUAUUAUUAUCAAAGUUUUUUAUUCAAAAAACUUUGAAUAAAAAUUUUAUUUAGAACUUCACUCUUUCAUCUCACUUUGCUGAAGUUAAGCAACCUGAGUGUAAUUGAGAGGCCAAAAGCUAGAUAUAAAUGUAGUCAAAUUUGAUACUUCCCUUGCGUAAUAAUCUUCUAAUGUACAAAUCAAUUACAUUACUAUAAUUUAGCUGAUGGAGCUAUUCCUCUUGAAUUGCAAUGAGCUGUGGUGGUACUAAAAAGAAAUCAGUUGUCCUUAUCUUAUAUACAUAAUCAUAAUAUUUGGAUUCUUUAUGAGAUGUUGGAAGAGUUCAAAUAAUAUUAUGACUAAUACAUGUAAAAACAACUUAACUGAUUUUUCAGUAUUAUUUAACGGUCUAGAAAUUGUUGGAAUCUCUUGUAAGAAGUUAUAGAACUGGUGCUACAAGUGAAAGAUUUCUGUAGUUAUGGAUUAAAUAAUUCUCUUUUGAUACAUAUUCACACUUAUACAUGCUGAUUUUAUUUCUGCUAAUAUGAAAUAAAAGCAACUCCACUCUAGAUAGCAAAACAUAGUCCUCAGUUGAAAACCAGAAGGGCAAAGUAUUACAUAGCUAGAAGGUAAAUACAGGCUUAAUCUAGAUGAUAGUGGGCAAUGUAAAUGAGCACAUCACAUUUCCUAAGCAGAGAAAAGUUUAUGUAAACUGAGAAAUAAUUUGUGAGUUCUUUAGUUGACUGUUCACUUGUUCAAGCUUAAUAGAAAAAGCAAUCUGCAUUUGAGAUACUUUACUAGCAUCUCUCUUCUUUAAACAUUUUGCAGGUCAAAGCAAAGUGGGUUAAAAGCUUAGUCUCCCUUACUCUGAUGUUCUAGAGUUGAGAAAUACACACUCACACUCACAAUACAUACAUUUCGGGAUGUUUAAAUCGAUGCCUCUGAAUUGCAGCAGAGGGGGAUAGUGAAAUGCUGCAAGGCAUGGAAGGCAAACCUUAUGUCCCCAGUCAUGCAGAUGAAAAUGAUUUUGCCAGUUGAUCUGCAAAAUACACAUAAUUUAAUUAUUUCAUUUGUCUUCUCAGUAGAAAAUAUUGUGGCUUCAGUACCCUAGCAGUCAUUUUAAUUCUAACUGAAGAGUUCUUAAUUAACAACUGUUCAGUUUUUUCUAAUGGAAACAGAGACAAUUGUUGUCUUACCCUAGGCUACAAAAACAGCUUCACACCUUUCCUGAACUCUUGGUCAUUCAAUGUUUGAUUUGCUGUCUUGGAGAGCCACAGUAUGACCUUUAUUUAGCCUUCUGUUGCACACAGGCAAAAAGACAGGUCCUAACCACAAUAAAUUAAUGAAAGGGCAGACAAAUUUAGCUGCUGCAGAUUCAUUUUCUGCAAUCUAUUCAUACUGGCUUAGCCUUUGCAUUUAAUAAUUCUGUCACCAACACAGUUUAGGAGAAAAUAGUUUCCCUUGUCUGCCUGGAGGUAUUUUGAGUAAAACUUUGAUUCCACUCACAUAUAUACAUGGAAAAGAAAUCUGCUUCUCAGAAGAGGAUUCUUUUACAGCUGAUUAUCUGAUAUUUCCAAACAUUAACUUGGUAAUUGGAGGUCUGUAAGUGAUAGAGGGUGAAGCAUUAAAAGAAAGUGUAUUUCCCUCACUUAGGCUGAGAAGCAUUAUUUAAAAUGCUUAUGGGUACAUGGAAAUUGCUAUUCAGUGCACAGCGAUCACCUUGGCCUGCUGUGUCACCUGUGAAUCCAGGGCCCUAAAGAAAAGUCAUAGCAGAAAGUCAUGGUGUCAGAUGUUCCUGUGUUCAAAGCAAGAGUAGAUGUGCUGCUGCUUUUGUGGAGCAAACUUUCUCUACAACAGAGAUACCUGUUUUCUUCCUUCUCCCUAUCAUUUCUAUACAUAAAAAACCAACCAAACAACAACAAAAAAACCAAAACCACCACACCCAAUCACAAAAACCAACCCUAACAAACAAAACCUCUCAAAGGAGCUGGGAAGGCUUAUGACACACACACAUUCCAGACAGCAGUUUUCAGCCAUGUUGUUUGAGCCUCUGAGUGCCCAGGUCUACAAAUACGACCACUGGCUGUUGAUGUGGAGCCUGUAACUACAUCAAGCCUGUAACGUCAGGCAGGGUUUGAUAUGUGGUAUGAAAUAUGUGGCUACUGUUCUGUAAGAAGAUGCCUUUCCCAAGUGGCAAGAGAAGUAAUAGGUAAUCACAGAUGGCCAUCGACCAUGUACUAAGAUCUAUGGCGAGAACAGGCAAGACACUGGAAUGUGAAGAAUGUCACAGACCAAAGUUACUGGUAAAGGAGGUGACUUUCUUAUGGCAGAAAACUAUUACACUUGGACCAAAAAUGCACUGGGAAAACAGCAGCAUGGCAUAUGUCAUACCACUUAAUAAAAGUUCCUUUGAAAAUAAAAAUUGUAAAGUCUGAGGUAUUUUGCCAAGACUUCAGGGCUGUCAUUAAAUAAAACACAAGUUGAGAAUAUAUCUGUGCAUAUACUACCUAGCAGUAAAUUCGGGAGCUGUGACAUUUGGAAAAUGGCAUAUAUAAAUGACAUAAAGAAUGCAACACUAAGCCAAUGGCAGGCCGCACAACUUUACUUCUCUCAUCAUAGACAAAUACAAAUGCUUUUAAGUACAUUUUUCUAUUUGUACAUGCACAUUUCUAUUGGCAUAGCAAGCAUAUCCAGGCAUUUUGUGAUGUCUGAGAGUGCCACAGUCUUACAGAUAAUGCUUACCUAUGUAAAGAAUUUUCAAGAAGUUAUUGU